UUAAGCUCCCAAUCAACUAGCUGGAUCAGCAGCAACAUUUAGUGAAAAGGAAGCAAGAUCCACGAAUAGUCGUCACUCGAUCAUGGCGGUGCCGUCGGUGUUCACCGCCUUUGACACAGAUGGCGACGACAAGAUGUCCGCGUCUGAGCUGCAGCGCUGCAUGGAGGCGACGCUGGGCGAGGGCGUGUCCGAGGAGGAAGCGGUGGCGGUCCUUGCGGCGGUUGAUGCCGACGGCGACGGGCUGCCAAACCAGGGAGAGUUCUCGAGGCUAGUCGCCGGCGCCGAGGGAGAGGACGAUGCCAACGUGAAGCGAAGGUGCCUGAGGGACGCGUUCGGGAUGUACGCGUCGUCGCCCACGGAAGACACGAUUACGCCGGCGAGCCUGAGGCGGACACUGAGCAGGCUGGGGUUGCACGAGCUGGGCGUGGAGGAAUGCCGGGCGAUGAUCUGCAGAUUCGACCUCGACGGCGACGGCAAGCUCUCGUUUGACAAGUUCCGGGUCAUGAUGAUGGCCUGA